AUGGCCACGAACGGCGUCAACGGAGCCCACACCAACGGCACCAACGGUGUCAACGGUGCCAGCAGCGGCAGCAACAACAGCAAAUACGACCCCAACUUCACACAACACGUCAUCGACCUGAUGUCCCCCGAAACGUUGCCCCGCCACAGAGAAAUCCUCACCUCCCUCAUCAGGCACAUGCACGACUUCUGCAGAGACGUCGAGCUGAAGCAGGACGAGUGGGUUCUCGGCGUCAACUACAUCAACUCCAUCGGCCAGGCCUACCAGAAGAACCGCAACGAGGCAUGGAGAGUAAUGGACAUUCUGGGCAUUGAGUCCCUCGUCGACGAGAUCAACAACAAGGUCGUCACCGACUCGGGCGCGCAGCCCACGUCCUCGACCAUCCUCGGCCCCUUCUGGUCGCCCGAGACCCCCUUCCGCGACCUGGGCGCCAGCGUGGUGCAGAACAUGCCCAAGGACGACAAGGCGCAGCUCACAAAGUUCCACGGGCGCAUCUACGACGCGGAGACGGGCAAGGGGAUCCCGAACGCCGUGUUCGACAUGUGGCAGGCCAGCACCAACGGCAAGUACGACGUGUUCGACCCGGAGAACCAGACGCGCCACAACCUGCGCGGCAAGUUCCGGACCGACGCCGAGGGCAAGUUCUGGUUCUACUGCCUCAAGCCGACCGAGUACGCCAUCGACACGACGGGCCCCUCGGCCGACCUCCUCAAGAUCAUGGGCCGCCACCCCUACCGCCCCGCGCACAUCCACAUGAUGGUCACCCACGACGACUACAUCGGCGUCACCGCCCAGCUCUACCCCCGCGACGACCCCUACCUCGAGACCGACACCGUCAGCGCCGUCAAGCCCGACCUGCUGCUCGACUUCGUCCCCGUCAAGGACGAGCCCAACGGCGCCGUGCUGGACGUCGAGUACGACGUCCGCCUGGUGUCCAAGAAGUACAAGCCGGACGCGACCAUGUUCAAGCAGAACGCCAACCAGAACAAGUUUUAA